CAGCGCUGGGCAGUCGGGGCGUUGUUGUCGUCGCUGCUCACUCAGAGGAGCGCCUCUGCGGGGCCGGAACCCCCCAGGAAAUUUUUCAGAUAGCCACAAUGUCCGAGAAUGGUGAUAGUGAAAAAAUGGCUGAGCUGGAAGCCAAAAUCUGUCAUCAGAUUGAGUAUUAUUUUGGUGACUUUAAUUUGCCUCGGGACAAAUUUUUAAAGGAACAUAUCAAACUAGAUGAAGGCUGGGUACCACUGGAGAUAAUGAUAAAAUUCAACAAGCUGAACCGUCUGACAACAGACUUUAAUGUAAUAGUAGAAGCAUUGAGCAAACCAAAGGUAGAGCUCAUGGAAAUAAGUGAAGAUAAGACUAAAAUCAGAAGAUCUCCAAGCAAACCCCUCCCCGAAGUGACGGAUGAGUAUAAAAAUGAUGUAAAAAACAGAUCUGUAUAUAUUAAAGGCUUCCCAACUGAUGCAACCCUCGAUGACAUCAAAGAAUGGUUGGAAGGCAAAGGUGAAAUACUAAAUAUUCAGAUGAGAAGAACAUUGCACAGAGCAUUUAAGGGGUCAAUAUUUAUUGUGUUUGAGAGAAUUGAAUGUGCUAAGAAGUUCAUUGAGACCCCUGGCCAGAAGUAUAAAGACACAGACCUUCUAAUACUUUUCAAAGACGAUUACUUUGCAAAAAAGAAUGAAGAAAGAAAGCAAAAUAAAGUGGAGGCUAAACUACGAGCUAAACAAGAGCAAGAAGAAAAACAGAAGUUAGCAGAAGAUGCUGAAAUGAAGUCUCUAGAAGAAAAGAUGGGCUGCUUGCUGAAGUUUGCAGGCGACUUAGAUGAUCAGACCUGCAGAGAAGAUUUGCACAUCCUUUUUGCAAAUCAUGGAGAAAUCAAGUGGAUAGACUUUGUCAGAGGAGCAAAAGAGGGAGUAAUUCUGCUUAAAGAAAAAGCUAAAGAAGUGCUGGAUAAAGCCAAAGAUGCGAGUAACAAUAACCUACAACUAAGAAGCAGAGACGUGGUGGGGGAAGUCCUAGAAGGAGAGGUGGAGAAAGCAGCACUGAAAAAAAUCAUGGAAGAUCAACAAGAAUCCCUGAACAAAUGGAAGUCUAAAGGUCGCAAGUUUAAAGGAAAGGGAAAGGGAAACAAAGCUGCCCAGGUGCGGUCGGCUAAAGGAAAAGUACAGUUGCAGGGCAAGAAAACGAAAUUCGAGAGUGAGGAUGAAUGCGAUGAAAAUGGUGGUGCAGCUGGACCAGUGAAAAGAGCAAGAGAAGAAGCAGACCAAGAAGAGCCUGCAUCGAAACAACAGAAAACAGAAAAUGGUACCGGAGACCAGUAGUGUAAGCAACCACUGUAACAUUCAUUUUAUUUACAAUUAAUCUGCUUUCUCUUGGAGAUUUUUAAAAAGAAAAUCGAAUUAGGUCCACUUCAAAGUCCACCUGUA